AUGUGCAGUAUGGUGAUAGACAGAUACAGAGAGAGAGAGAGAGAGAGAGAGAGAGAGAUAAACAUAGGAGAGGACGGGGAGGGUCCAUGGUGUGGAGGGCAGACAAACGAGCUUGUAUAUUGA